AUGGCCGCCUGUGAAAUGGAGGAGGAGAUGCUACGACUAGACGGCCAGGCAGCAAAAUUCCAGGACGAAUUACAAGAAAUGGCCCCUUUUGAAGUUAUAGAAGAAGUCGAGUGCCGACAAAGUCACAAGCUUUACGCCUUUGAGGGUGUGAUGCAUCGAUAUCAAGACCAGCAAAUAGCGCGCCUACACAAUACAGCCAGGCUGAUGCGAUUGACCUUCAGACAAUGGAUGUUUGCAGCUUCGCAUAACUCUACCACUCGUAAACGCCUGCGAGAGACUUCUAAUGACAGCAACAUACGACGCUGUACAAUAGAAAAGAUCUUAUUCGAAAGCGCGGCACUCAUCAAAGACACCCUCGCCAGUGUCCCCUACUCGCUCGAACUCCUCGAUUCCCAGACCAGCACCGAGGCACGAUACCUUAUCUGGCCGCUGACCGUCAUAGCGAGUCUCGACGUUUGCCCGUCCUCUGCGAGGCACUAUAUAGUAGAUCGGCUGGUGGCGCUUGCCGAUAAGUUUCAUCUGCGACGGGCAAUGCAGGCGGCGGAGAUGUUGACUCGGGGGGAUAAAGAGCAGAUAUGCGCGAAUGAGAUGUACAUUCUUCAUCUGUCCUAA